AUGGAUGAAAGCGUAUACGACAACUUGGACGAUGAGUUCGAUGAAUUACAGCGGCUACAAAAUGAAACGCUUGAUUCCACAGAUCGAACCAAUGACACAAGUCAGGACGAUGUAGAUCGUAGAUCAGUAUACGUUGGCAAUGUUGAAUACUCAGCUACGCCUCAGAAUCUACAGGAAUACUUCAAGUCAUGCGGUCAAAUCAAUCGCAUCACCAUUAUGGUUGACAAGUGGACUGGGCACCCCAAAGGGUAUGCUUACAUCGAAUUUGCCCAGGAAGAAUCUGUUGAAAAUGCAUUACUACUAAAUGAAACACUAUUUAAGGAAAGACUGAUAAAGGUCACUAGCAAGAGGAAAAAUAUACCGGGGAUGUCAAGGUCUAAGCCUCCUGGUAGGGGGAGGGGAAGGGGAUUUUUUAGGCCUCAUUACAAAAGCAGGGGGAGACAAAACAAGCCCUAUGGGUCUAGGUCAUAUGGCAAACCCUACUAA